AUGUUAGAAAAACAAAAAGUAGAAACUGUUUUUAAAUUAGCGUUUGUAAAGAAAUUUACAAAGUUAAUUGAUCAAAAAACAAUGCCAAAAUUACACCAACCACUCUUUAAAAACGCUCUUUGUAAAUUUUAUGUUCAUAACCAAUGCAACAGAGGAAAUGAAUGUAGUUUUAGUCAUAAACUUAGUGAUUUUACAGAUGAGCAGAUAUUAAUGCUUGUUGAAUCACCUCUUUAUGAUUCAGAUACCACAAAAGUUUAA